CACUCCUAAAAUCGAAGGAAAAACUUAUGCUGACUUCAAUAUAGUCUUCAUAGAGUUAUGUCGGUUAAAAAUCCAUUAGCAACGAGGUUAGCUUUUAGUAAAAUAUUCCUCUGCGCUGUUGUUGAAGUUGAUGGGGGACGAAAACCUAGUAUAACAGCAAAAAUAUUCCAUUUGCUGUUAAAUAGAAGGAUUGAGGUGUCGAGGGGCUGAUACGUUAUGAGAUGUCAGGUUGACGAUACAGAGUGAUUAUAGAGAUUAGUGAAUGCUUGGAGCACAAGUGGGUGCCUCAGCAACUGACAAGAAAGUUUUCAAAUGACAGUAAUAGUCAAGUUAAUGAAUUUAGUGACCACCAAGAUUUGUGUUGAGAUUCAAAAUGUGGUCUCUGUUUUCACGGGAUCCCACUAAAGAUUUUCCAUAUGAAAUUGGUGAAGUUGUGGAUGGACUCGACGGCAAAAGCAUUUGGACGCUUUAUAGAGCAAAAAAAAAGAGUACUUCUGGAGGCGAGGAUGUGUCUGUGUUUGUUUACGACAUUAAAGCCGCUGGGGAGAGUCAAUUAGAAAUUGCUAGAAAUGCUGUAAAGAGAUUGAAAACACUCAGACAUCCAAGUAUUCUCACUUUUAUCGACAGUUUGGAGACAGAUAAAGUUAUUUAUUUAGCGACAGAACGUGUGGAGCCCCUCCACACUAGAUUACUGAAGAAGAUUGAUAUAGGAGAAGGUGUUAAGAAGGAAUUGUAUUUUGCUUGGGGAAUCUUUCAAAUUACUAGGGCACUUAGUUUUUUGAAUAACGAUGGCAAUCUUCGUCAUAACAAUGUAAAUUUGUACUCUGUAUUCGUAAAUGACGAGAGUGGAGAAUGGAAAUUAGGAUGUGUUGAGUACAUGACAUCAGUGGAUGCACCUUAUACAUUUUUACCCCACCCUUUACAACACUACACACCGCCUGACGCUCGAGACAAAGUUAAACCUUCUACGAAAUGCUCGAUUGACAUGUGGGGACUUGGAUGUCUUAUCUGGGAAGCCUUUAACGGACCACUUGGACAAAAAGGCAAAUUAAAAAGUAUUGACCAGAUUCCCAAACAAUUGAUGACCGUAUACCGUGAAUUAACGGGUACAAAUUCUGAAGGUCGCCCGAAUCCAGCCGAUGUAAUAGCCAGAUGUCGAAGCAACGGAGGAUUCUUCAAAAACGAUCUGGUCGAUGCCCUUUUGUUUCUAGAAGAAAUUCAAAUGAAAGAAAAAGGCGAAAAGGGCCGAUUUUUCUCCUGUUUAGCUGGACAAUUAGACAGUUUUCCCGAAGGUGUUGGGAGGUACAAAAUAUUGCCACAGUUACUGGCUGCCUUUGAGUUUGGUGAAGCCGGAAGUGCAGUUUUACCCCCAUUACUGCAAUUAGGUACUCAAUUACCUGAUGCGGAAUACCAACGUCGAGUUGUCCCCUGUGUUGUCAAAUUAUUUGCAUCAAAUGAUCGUGCAACAAGAUUGAGACUUCUACAACAACUUGAUCGAUUUGUCAAUCAUCUACAACCGUCUACAGUUAAUGAUGCUAUUUUUCCGCAGGUAGCCCGUGGUUUUCUAGAUACGAAUCCUGCUGUACGAGAACAAACAAUCAAGUCUGUGGUUCAUUUAGCACCCAAAUUAGAUUACAAUAAUCUCAACGUUGAAGUUCUUAGAUACUUUGCAAAAUUACAAUCUAGUGAUGAGCAAGGUGGGAUAAGGACUAAUACUACAGUCUGUCUGGGGAAAAUUGCUCAACAUCUACAUCCGCAAAUUCGUCAAAAGGUACUGAUUGGAGCAUUUAUUCGGGGUACAAGAGAUCCAUUUCCCCCGGCAAGGAGUGCCAGUUUAUCUGCACUAGCAAUUACUCAGCAAUACUAUUUACUCCAAGAGGUGGCCAAUCGUAUUCUUCCGGCCUUGUGUCCACUAACAACUGAUGCUGAUAAGAGCGUCAGAGAUCACGCUUUCCGCACUAUCCGGGGCUUUUUGUCAAAGCUCGAGAGAGUUUCAGAGGACCCUGGACUUCGAGAAUCAAUGGAGGCCGACGUCAAUACUGCAACUCCAAGUCUCAGCAAUGCAGCAGCCACGUGGGCCGGUUGGGCUGUUACAACGAUGACAGCUAAAUUCUAUCGAAGUCAAUCAGAUACUCCAAAAUCUUCCAAUCCUUACGGUGCACCACGCAUUCUACUGAAUAAACCUGCAUCACUCGAACAAGCGAGUAGUUCUCAAAGCAGUGCCAGUACGACGGCAACGACAAGUAGUGCAACGAGCAUGACUUCAUUGGAACCCGAUCAUGACCAUGAUUCACAACACACGGCCCAUACUAAUUCUGAUGGAGAUUGGGAUUGGGACGCUGAUAAUUGGGGAGAUAUGGAGCAACAGCCUACUAGCAUAACGACCACAAGCACGAGUAAUCCGUCUACAUGCGCGACAGUUUCGAAAUCGAACGAUCAUUGGAGUAGUUUAGAGGAAGAACCGGAAGAAGAGGGUGCAGAAGGAGUUCAGGACCGUACAAAAGCUUCUGAAACUGGUUGGGAUGAUCAGGAGUUUCAGGAAUUGGAUGAAUUUCACACUAUAGAGUUAGCAGGCGGAUCAGAACCUAGCAACAAAUUGGAAGAAGCAAAAAAGAAACGUGAGGAAAAAAAGUUGGCACGACAACGACAAAUGGAAGCAAAAAGAGCUGCCAGACUACGUACAACACCUGCAGCUAAAAAAGUUUAAUGGUUUUUUAAACAAGUAAUAUAUCGAUUUUUAACAUGAUGGCAAGUUAUAUCACAAGAAUCAGUGUAAUAUACAUUACUUUAGUAGAAAAUAAUUAUUAUUGAAUAAACAUUUUCAUGUGGAAAUUCUUUUUAUUUCAUCCCUGCGCUAUUUUCAGUUGCCAUUUUCUUUUAAGAAAUUACUCAAUUUGUGUUCUAAUCUAAGGUAAAAUUGUCGAAAUU